CUAUUUAUUUUAUUUUGCAUUGCAGAAAUGGUUUUCAUGCUUUGCGCCCUACAUGUGUUGAUGUUUAAAGAUAUAUUAAAGAGAUGUGGUUUGUAUUUUCAGAUGUAUUAUCUGUUAUUAUUUAGUGACAGUUAAACCCACAUGUUCCAUCUGCUGUGUGUAUUUACGUGAGUGUGAAACUGUGGUCAACCACCACCUUGAUGCUGCAGCUUCACGUUCAUCUGAAGCACGCUGACCGAGUCCAAAUAAAAAAAUGAGUCUGACACUUUAAGUCUAACUUGGUUGUAAAUGUCAUACAUGAGAAGACAGAAAAUAACUGUGCCAUUAAAGAAGUGUACUGGUGUUUAUUCUUUCAUGCAAACAGUAUUUUCUCAGGGUCUUCUUAUCAGCAAUCCCGAUUCAUAUUCAACAUGUUCAACAAAAACCAGCAGGACUUGGAAAACGCUGAAAGUCGUCCAUAUUGUUGCUGUAAAACUGUGUGGACGGUUCUAUUGCAGUUUGUUUCAGGCUCACAGCAGCAACACCUGACCAUCAAAUGAGUAAAUUGACCGAAGGAUGAGGGCUUACAGUUUCAGCCUGCAGGUGUGUCUGCAGAUAUCUUGUGUUUAUAUUUUUAACAGCUGACCUUUUUAUUUCAAACUGCCUGACUUUACGUGUUUGUAUCAAUGUUUUCACAUCAUAGCAGUCCGCUUCGUUCUUUGGCUCAGCCCAAUGACGCUAAUCUAUCAACUGAGGUGUUACCACCACCACAGCAGCUCAGUUAGUGUGAACUUCGUUUUGAAAAAAAUCUAAGUGUCAAACUUAGGGGAACAUGAGCAGCAUAAAUAGGCUACACAGGAAGAAGCCCCUCCUCCGUUACACUUCAGUUCAGCUUGGUGUUCAGACAGUCAACAUGGAGGUCGCCGUGCUCUGCAUCAAACUCUUGGUCCACGUGUUAUUUCUGCUGUGUGCACAUGUCCAGGAUGUUGAUUCACUGAUUCUCCGUCUUGAACCAAACAGACUGCAGUUCUUUGAAUACGAGUCUCUGAUCUUCCAUUGUGAGGGCUCUCAAGACUCGACUGGAUUGAAAAUUGUACAUCGGUCCAAAGGGGAAUUACUCAGAUGUAAAACUACAGUGACAUCAAAAAGGUCAUCCUGUACUAUUCCUAAUAUUUUUCCACAGGACAGUGGGCAAUACUGGUGUGAGUCCAGAGAUGGGAAGAGAAGCGACAUCAUCCAUAUCAAUGUUACUGAUGGUCCUGUGAUCCUGGAGAGUCCCAUCAGUGUGGUGGAGGGAGAGACUGUGACUCUGCGCUGCAGACACAAGACGACCUCUACCAAUCUCUCAGCUGAUUUCUACAAAGAUGGCCACCUUAUCAGAAGAAGCUCUACAGGAAACCUGAGCAUCCCCAGUGUUUCCAAACGUGAUGAAGGAUUCUACAAGUGUAUCUCUGGAGGAAGAGAAUCAGCCGAGAGUCUGAUGGCUGUCCAAGAUGGUCCUGUGAUCCUGGAGAGUCCCAUCAGUGUGGUGGAGGGAGAGGCUGUGACUCUGCGCUGCAGACACAAGGCGACCUCAUCCAACCUCUCAGCUGAUUUCUACAAAGAUGGCCGCCUUAUCAGAAGAAGCUCUGCAGGAAACAUGAGCAUCCCCAGUGUUUCCAAACGUGAUGAAGGAUUCUACAAGUGUAGCAUCUCUGGAGGAAGAGAAUCAGCCGAGAGUCUGAUGGCUGUCCAAGUUGAUCCUGUGAUCCUGGAGAGUCCCAUCAGUGUGGUGGAGGGAGAGGCUGUGACUCUGCGCUGCAGACACAAGACGACCUCAUCCAAUCUCUCAGCUGAUUUCUACAAAGAUGGCCGCCUUAUCAGAAGAAGCUCUACAGGAAACCUGAGCAUCCCCAGUGUUUCCAAACGUGAUGAAGGAUUCUACAAGUGUAUCUCUGGAGGAAGAGAAUCAGCCGAGAGUCUGAUGGCUGUCCAAGAGUCACACCAAGAGAGUCGUGCGUCCUCAGAUCUUCCGUUCAUCAUCUUCAGAAAUGUUCUGCCUGUAGUAAUGAUGGCUUUGCUGCUGGUGCUGCUGGGACGGUUCCACUGUGGGAAACUCCGAGGUAAACCCACAGAGCAAGGAGUAUCCAGAGUAAUGACGGCGACAGUUCACUCAGCUGGUACCAACCAACCUUUGACACAGGAACCCCUCUAUUCUUUGAUUCAGUAGGUAAGACUCAGGACAUUACUGAUAUUCAUAUCUGGUAGGAUGGACAGCAGAACUUCGAACAUGACCCAUAUUUACAGCUUUCAAACGGUUAUGUCACUGGACGUUGAUGUUCAACCAAAGCACCACUUAAGGCAGCAUUUCCUACAUGCUUCAGUUCAAGCUUUAGCUGUCAUGCUUCUCAGAAUGAUACGACCCGUGUUUCAUAUAAAUGUGGUAUGCUCAGAGCUGUUAACCCUUUCUGUCUUCAGGUCGCAGCGUGACGGCUGAAUGAAGGACGAGCAGCACAUGAGAUGUUUGGUUGAACCUGAUGUGUGAAAAAACACUUUUUAUUUUAUUUUGCAUUGUAGAAAUGGUUUUCAUGCUUUGCGCCCUACAUGUGUUGAUGCUUAAAGAUAUAUUAAAGAGAUGUGGUUUGUAUUUUCAGAUGUAUUAUCUGUUAUUAUUUAGUGACAGUUAAACCCACAUGUUCCAUCUGCUGUGUGUAUUUACGUGAGUGUGAAACUGUGGUCAACCACCACCUUGAUGCUGCAGCUUCACUUUCAUCUGAAGCACGCUGACCGAGUCCAAAUAAAGAAAUGAGUCUGACACUUUAAGUCUAACGUGGUUGUAAAUGUCAUACAUGAGAAGACAGAAAAUAACUGUGCCAUUAAAGAAGUGUACUGGUGUUUAUUCUUUCAUGCAAACAGUAUUUUCUCAGGGUCUUCUUAUCAGCAAUCCUGAUUCAUAUUCAACAUGUUCAACAAAAACGUCUUUUUGAGUGGACAGUAACGGUAGUAGCUCUCAAAUGCUUUGAGCUGAAUGCUAUUACAAUGCAAGCUAAUAUGUUCAAAAUUACCAUGCUAACAUGCUAAUGCUAAUUAGAUCAAAUAUUUUACUGUCUCUAC